CGGUCUGUGGGCCGGGAUGCCGACUGAGUGUGUGAGCGCAGAAAGCCUUGCAAGUCUCAACACACGUUGAAUGGAGAGGAAAGUAAGCGGUGCGAGGAAAGGCAGCUUUCGAAUGAGAAGUGUGUGCGAGUAGCAGGGAGCCAUCAAGGACUCACGGAACAACUGAACCGACUUGAGGACCGGGGCGCAGAGCGGAUCUCACGUGCGGCCACGCGUCCAUUCAUUGCCCGAAUUCCAAACCGGGACAGACACCGAGGCGGGUUCGGAAUGGUUACGGACGUACACUGAAGAUUAGUGAUGAACACAUCCACUGUGGAGUUUUUCAUGUGGUGCUGGCUUGCUGAUUUCAUCUGCUGUGAAGAUUAACCAAAAGGCUCCAUGAAAAUCAAGCUGCUGGAAGAGUUAUUUUAAAAGAAGAAAAGAAAACGCCAGUGGGACUUUAAAGACAAACAACUGUAGGUGUGCUCAGAAGUGAUGUAAGAGAACAAGGGGAAAACCCAAGGGACAUCCUACAAGAAAAUGUAGAGUCAUGUAUCCAGUGUGAAUGUUAACGCCGACCGCACUUCACUGCUCACAGAGAGGCAGAGGAGAAGAGAAAGUGGCGCCAGUUAAUCAAUAACCGAGAGAUUGGAGGGGAAUGUCUUGGGUGAGCCCGCCUGUGGAUGCAUCUGGCUGUACUUUACUCUGAAGUGAAAAGCAGGAAGGAGGCGAGCAUAUUUUUAAACGUCUGCCACUCCGAAGAAGAGAAAUUAAAAAAACGUCUGAAGACGUCCACAUCUGCGCGAGCCGAUUACAGUUCGGGAUUAGCACCAUGUGUCAUGUGAUCGUAACCUGCCGCUCCAUGCUGUGGACCUUGCUGAGCAUCGUGGUAGCCUUUGCGGAACUGAUUGCCUUCAUGAGUGCGGACUGGCUAAUUGGGUGGGCUAAAUCUGGAAUGACAGACCAGAAGGCGAGUCCGAGCAGCUCGAGCACCGGGGAGCGUAGCCUCCCCACUCUAGGCAUCUAUGGACGCUGCCUCAAACUAAAGUCUAUACAUGAAACCUCCUGCGGACCAUAUGCCGAGCACUUUGGGGAGAUUGCCAGCGGGUUCUGGCAGGCCACUGCGAUUUUCUUGGCAGUUGGAAUUUUGCUACUUUGUGCCGUGGCGUUCGUUUCUGUGUUCACCAUGUGCUUUCAAAGCAUCAUGAAGAAGAGCAUCUUCAACGUCUGCGGUCUGCUGCAGGGCAUUGCAGGUCUCUUCCUCAUCCUUGGCCUCAUGCUGUACCCUGCUGGUUGGGGCUCCCAGAAGGUGUUGGACUACUGCGGCCCUGACGCCUCACCUUACCGGGUAGGCCAGUGCUCCCUCGGCUGGGCCUUCUACACAGCCAUUGGCGGAACGGUGCUGACCUUCAUCUGUGCCGUCUUCUCGGCCCAGGCGGAAAUCGCCACAUCCAGUGAUAAGGUUCAAGAGGAGAUCGAGGAAGGCAAAAGCCUCAUCUGCCUUCUGUGAAAGCAUCCCUUGGGCUGCAUCCUAGUCGUCUGGGGCGGAAGACCUGGGAGUGGAGUGUUGUUUUGUCCGCCAGGGGUGAGCAGGUCUGUCGUCUGUUUUCAGCCUGAUUUGCCACGUGGUGACCAAAGCGUGCAGAGCAUUGAGGAGACGCACCUCUUCAUUCAGAUUCACUUAAUGGUGUCUUUCCAAGAUGAAGCUGAUGUUUUCAGACCAUUUGCCAGUAUAAGCUGCAGUGUCACCCCACCAGCCAUGUAAAUAUUGUUUAUAGUGCCCGAUUUGGAAUUUUGUCUUUUAAUAGCAUUAAUUUGGAGCCUAAAAAGAGGACGGCUGCCAUGACUCUACCACUACGUACUGGAACCCAAAUCUCAGCAGGAGUCCAUUUGGUUGGCGCCGUCAACUGGUUGAAAAGCGCAUGGAUUUUGCACAGACCUGAAUUUCACAUUUGGAAACGUGCCACUGUCAAUAUUUGAUACCAGAUCGUGGGAAUGCGAUUCAUUGUGCCGACAUUGUAUACGCUUCUGUAAUGGAACCUGCAUUUUAUGGAGCAUAACAUAUGGAUGGCGUACACAAUCCAGAGCAUUCUGGGCAACAUCAGCCUGGUUUGCAUGCAUAAAAGACAAUGGCAGACGGUGCUGCCAGUAAUCACUUCCAGAGCCCCCUUUGGUCUCGACUCAGAUGUCUAUUUUUCCAGUAAGCGGCCCUGCCAGAGAAGAAACGAAGAAAAGACCUCCUUAUUUCGCGGCUCAAAUCCUGGACGUCCCAAAGCUGGUUCUCAACACCUCCCUACACCCCCCACUCCUCAAUUCUUUUGGUGCUCACCGGGGGGUCCAACUCAAAGUGGGCUUCUAUGCAGGGACAUACUUUCCAGUAUUAGCCACAGGCAGCCGUUCCAGUUUCCAGCAUAGUGGAGAUGCAUCCUGCCAGAAACAAUAUUGCCGUCCACCCCAGGGAAGACGCCUCGCAUCGGCUAACGGCACAUUCCUCGGAGUCACCAAUCGGACUGACGACUGCACAAAGUGUUGUGCUAAGGGAUUUUUUUGUGUUACUACCCCCUUUUCAUUCUUCAGUUUGUUUGAAUUUUGAAAAAGAGCAGAGAGGCAGCUUGAGCACAGCUUUGUUCAACGGCAGUUCUCCGAAUCUGUUAGCACUUUAGUCCUUGGGAAGUCGGCUAAUGACAGGAUUAAAGAGUGAAAGGGAAAAACGCAGCAAGGGGGACCCACAUGUCUUCACGGCCUGGAGGAUUGGAAACGUAGCAGGAAGGCGUCACUCCUGAUGGACAUUCUCUGUCCUGUCUGGGCUUUGAAGUGCCAUGGCUGGAAACACGUCACACAGCCACUCAGGAAGCACAACGACCAUCUAGACCAGGGGUCCUCAAUCGCAGUCCUGGAGGGCUGCAGGCUUUUGUUGUAACCCAGUUGCUUAAUUAGAA